AAAAACGAUGACCGUUUGUUAAUUUGGCGAUGCUCAUCUCUCAAAAUUGACAAGUCCACCUUCGUUAAAACGUUGAAAAUUCACAACUGACAAUCCCCUUUCGGCCAAUUUGCCACUCAAAAUUUACAGUUCAUUACAAAAACUUAUCACCAUUCCGAAUCGCAAAUAUUACGCACAUUCAGCGAAAUCAUUCUCGAAGAUCUUGAACGACGACAUGAAAAAAUAAGCCACAAACAGAAGUGUGACGUACCGCAGCUGGUUCCUCAGAGUUCGUACUUCGUUCUUUUUUCAACGAGCCUCGUGAAUUCUAUAUCCCUGAUUCAGUGACCGUACGUUUAAGAAAGUGAAAAAUCGUAUCCCGCCGGAGAUAUACAACCCCCUCGUUAGAAUAUUUUCGAACCGUUCAUAACUUCUCGAAUCGAACAAGCCGAAAUGUGUAACGAGAUUUUGUCGGAGAACGCCAAUCUGAUAUUGGACGAAGUCGAACGAGCACUUUGUCUCCCAGUUCUUCUUGGCAUAUUAUACUUUACGAUAAUCCUCGCCAUCCCAUUAGGAAUGCAAAUAUACAAGACAGUUGAAGGACACAUUAAAUCGAACUCGAAAAAACCGAGCUGCAGGAGCGAGUCCUUCGUUAGCAGAAUCAAAGGUAUGAUCGGCUUGGCGCUCUUUCCGAAUUCCGAAUCGGCGUCGGAUUCUUCGUCUCCUUACCGCAAUCCGAGGUCGUUUGACGAGUACGAUUGCGACGAGUACGAUGUAGACGAUUAGCGACAAGACGUGACAUCGGACCUUCGACGCUCCCUUCGAAUGGAAGACAUAAAACUAUUCGACGCCGAGAUGACAACGUGCCGCGAAUAUUUCAGCAUGCGCUUCAGACGAAGAUUUUUUCGAUCAGGCGUCUGGAUGGCUGAAGGUUUCGAAGGCCUAAUUGUUCGAUAAAAAUAUAACACGACUACCGAAUCUGAGCGAAAACUGAAUCGUCGUGUCGGUAGCGACGAAUUUCUCCGUUAUAUUCUCCCCUGCGAUUUUCUGAUCUGUGAUGUAUAUGCAACUGAAUAAAAUGAAAGUUUCCCCCGUUAAA